UCUGCUGAAAUCCUUUUUCCAGGCAAAAUAGGAAUCUCCUUGGAAAGAGAGGGUUAGAGAAAGAUUUUAAAGCUCAGUGUUUGAAAGCCGAGAGAUGCGGGACCUCCUCUACGCCUGCUGCCAUCAAGGGGACCUAUCAUGGCUCAGUGAAACUUUGGGGUCAGCUGUGGAGCUGUUGUGCUGCCCAGAAGAGCGAAGUGCUAAGAGCUCAGCUCGGAGUCUGAAAAACUCAAAGGAGCAAAAAUGCAGUCGGAUAUGGUAAAGGAGGGAAACCAUGAGCAAAAACAGAGAAAUGACUGAGCUGUAGGGCUGUUCGAUGUCCUGCUCCAGGAGCCAUCCUCUUCUUUCUAUAUAGCUAUAGAGCAGUAGAGGGUCUACAAACUGCAAUACAGUAUUUUUAGGACAGUACUAUUUAGCCCUUGUUAUGCUGUGCACAGCUUGCUCCAUAUCACAUGACAGUGUCGGGAGCCCUCGGAAGAGAGGCUGCCAAGCCUUGCUGCGUGUUUUCUCGAGUGCAGCUGUACAUUAUGAGUGUCAGCAGAACCAAAGACAGAGGGAUAUGUCUUCAUCAGUGCAACUCUUCAGAGAUCAGAAGUACCAGGAGCUUAAAGGGCAGUGUAUCGAUGAGAGACGGCUCUUUGAAGACCCGGAGUUUCCAGCCUCAGAUGAGUCCCUUUUCUAUACAAGGGCCCCACCAAGGAAAGUUGAAUGGAAGCGCCCAAAGGAGCUCUGUGAAGAUCCUCACCUGUUUGUGAAUGGAAUCAGCUCCCAUGACUUGCACCAAGGCACCCUGGGCAACUGCUGGUUUGUGGCCGCAUGCUCCUGCUUGGCUUUGCAGGAGACACUCUGGCAGAAGGUGAUUCCAGAUUUUAAAGAACAAGAAUGGGACCCUAAAAAACCAGAGAAGUAUGCUGGGAUUUUCCGUUUCCGGUUCUGGUGUUUUGGAGAAUGGACAGAGGUGGUUGUUGAUGAUCUGCUGCCAACAAUGGAUGGGAAGUUGAUCUAUUGUCACUCCAAUGUGAAGAACGAAUUCUGGAGCGCGCUGUUGGAGAAAGCUUAUGCAAAGCUGGCUGGAUCCUAUGAAGCUCUAGAUGGAGGCAGCGCUGCAGAUGCAAUUGUGGAUUUCACUGGAGCAGUGGCAGAAUCUGUUGAUCUGAUACAGGGCAAAUACAAAGAUAUUAUUUCUGAACAGAUGAAGCUAUUUGAAGACUUGCUGAAAGUGCAUAAAAGAGGCGGGUUGAUCAGCUGUUCCAUCACGGCUUCCUCUGGCAGUGCCAAUGAGACAGAGACAGAGAUGGGUCUCAUCAUCGGUCAUGCCUACUCGGUGACCGCAAUUCGGAAACUGCGCCUGGGAGAGAGGCUCAUACUCUCUUUUAAGGCAGAAAAGCUCUUCAUGAUCAGGCUGAGGAAUCCCUGGGGGAAGAGGGAGUGGAACGGUGCCUGGAGCGACAAUUCUGAAGAGUGGAAGAAAGUCAACAGUUCAGAACGUAAGAGGUUGGGACUCACUGUUGAGAAUGAUGGAGAGUUCUGGAUGACGUUUGAGGAUUGGUGUAAAAAUUUCACUGAUGUGGACAUCUGCCGGAUAGUGAAUACCUCCUACUUCAGUAUCCACAAGACCUGGGAGAAGAAAAUGAUGCAUGGGGCUUGGACAAAGAAUUCAGAGCCCCUGCUAAAUCGUUCUGGUGGAUGCUUCGAUAACAGAGAGACCUUCCUGCAAAACCCUCAGUACAUCUUUGAUGUUAAGAAGACCGAGGACAAAGUGUUGGUCUCGUUACAACAGGAGGAUCGGCGCAGGUACAAGAAAGAGGGGAAAGGAGAGAGCAUCCCCAUUGGCUUUGAAAUACUCAAGGUGGAGGAUAACAGAAGCUACCGGCUACACAAGCUGACUGUGCAGGAGAGAGUGGCCACAUCUAUGUACAUCAAUACGCGCACUGUGUUCUUGAAGAGGGUCCUUAAGCAAGGCCGCUACGUCCUUAUCCCAACUACGUACCAUCCUGGCAUCAUUACAAAGUUUAUCCUGAGACUCUUCACAGAUGUGCCAUCAAAACUCAGAGAGCUGAAGGCAGAUAAGCCCAAAAUGACAUGUUGGAGUCUUCUUUGUGGCUAUCCGCGUAGAGUCACCCAAAUCAAAAUUCGCUCUGCAGAGGGCUUACAGAAGCAAGACAGAUCAGGUGGAGCAGAUCCCUAUGUGCUUAUCAAGUGUGAGAACCAACAAGUGCGCUCUGCUGUUCAGCAAGAUACUACCAACGCCGUCUUCGACACACAAGUGAUUUUCUACAGAAAGAACAUCGACAGUCCCAUCGUUAUCCAGGUCUGGAACAGCAAUGUCUUGUGUGACCAGUUCCUCGGACAGGCGCUGCUGGCAGCUUCACCCGGUGACCCCAGAGAAGAGCAGACUCUGCAGCUCCGAGGGAGAGGCCGCCGAGAAGCAGACGAGGUGCCAGGUCGCAUCACCGUCAAGGUUUUUUCCAGCGAUGACCUCGUGGAGCUAUGAAUACCAAAGCCCCGCAGAGCCAGACAGAGCUGUCACCUCGCAGUGGGGCGGCUUGUCUGUGCUUUCUGUGUGAACGGCUCGGGAGCAAAGGUUGCACAUAAUCAUAAUCACUUUAAAAAAAACUAACUCUCCAUGUUAUUGUGGACAAUGGGAGGAGAGGUUUGGGGGGGUAACAAAUAUAUACACACAUGCACACACAUAUAUACAUAUAUUUAUAUGUACACACAGACACACUCUUGACGCAGCAAAUGCAGGAGAUGGGCUAAACUGAACGUCAGCAGCCAAGCUCGUUGAAACAUGACUGUCUUGCGUAGCUCUCAGCAUGGAAGCUGGAAGUGCAUGUGACUGUUCUCGCAGGUUCCCCGCACACGGUUAUCGUGUGUCAGCAGCGGGAGUGGAGGCAGGCAGGAUGGAUGCAUCUCCAGGGUGACAUACCAGCAGGCUGGUGGGGUGGAGGGCAUGCGGUGGACUUGUGUGGCUCAGUCCUUGUCUGCUGCUGGACUGCAUCUGUGAGGGGGAUUUCUUUGAGUUUAGACAGUAGUUUUUCUUACAUAUAUUGCUAUAACCAUUUUGAUGAAUUUCACUGUUACUGCUACAAAUCAGAUGUUUCUGUGCCUCAGCUAAAAUGUCAUUACCUGAGUAGUUCAGUAAUUCAUAAUCGUAAGACCAGGUAUGCCAUGGCAACAUUAAAAUAGAGGGCUGGCUCUUGCAGUCCCUACUUGAACUUGACAGCCAGUGAGAGCUUUGCCCAUGUAACUGCUCUCAGAUUGACUUUCAGAUUAUUUUAUUCCCCACCCCAAGCUGGUGACUCACAAGUUGGUAUCUCUGGCCAGGAGAAAGGCACCCCACAAUUCAGCUGUGGUUUUACGCAGAGGACAAACUCAGUGAUGGGAGCCCUUUUGCCACAGAAGCUUUCUUUAAUCCACUCGAUGCUCGGGUGGAGUAACACUGCUUCAUUAGAUGUAAUGGGUAGCACUGGACUGAAAGAGGAGACAACCACCGAAUAACAGGGAUGGGUUUGUAAAACAGAGAUGCUGUGCCUUGGCUUGUAUUAGAUUUUCUGUCUCCAAAUUUUGCAUCAGUUUACAGCUGAUAGAGCAGAAGUGUCUGAUAAAGUUUAGCUUGGGUGCGAUACAGGACAGGCAUCGUUUCAGAUUUCCUUUGAGGCAGGGUUCAGGUGCAGACUUCUGACUUCUACGUGUAGCCCAGUGGUAGGGUUUCCUUGCAGCAGAUGUUUCUGUGUUGUCAAGCUGUAGUGAUUCUGGUAGUAUAAGAGGCUCACAGCGUUAGACCCCUCAGAAAUGGUGUUUUCUAUAGUUGCAAAUUCUGAUGCUGAGAGUGAAGCUAGGAGCUGACCACUCUGCCUUUCAUUCAGACACAAAAUUUUGAUUUAGUUGUACCUAGUCACCACUUCAGCCAUUUUGUGCGUUUUUUACAGUUUAUAAAAUGGCUCUCGGUAGAAUUAAUGUUUUCACAAAAGGUUUUGAAGUUGUCUUAGGGCUCUAAAAGCAAUGCUGCUGAGGGAGAAAAAUGAUUUCCCGGCACCUUGAGUCUGGAGUGCAAGGCUGUGAAUGAUGUGACGCUGCCGUCAGGGUAGCUGUGUGGGCCAAGUGCGUGCAUCCAGCUCUCUUUUUAAAGAGCUUGGGCUCGAGCCGCUGUUGCACGCAGCGCAUUUGUCAGAUGUGAACGACAUGCAGCUGGCAGCCCGCAGGGAGGCGUAAUUUUGUUGUCUGUGGACUCAUGGCAUCAGAGUUGCUAACUCUCAGAUAUGAUUGUAAAGUGCAUUUAAAAAAAAAAAAGAAAAGGGAAUCAAGUUUUUCAUACGGUCCAGAGCCUGAGCAAGCCCCACGGGAAAGCGUCUGGGCUGCCCUAUCCCAGCAGAAGGACUGGUGUGCCGCUUUUCCCACAGCACCGGCUGCAGGACGGCGGGGCGCGCGGGAGAGCGCACCGAGGCUGAGCGGGGAUGGCUAUGUCGUGUCGCCCCCUUCUCGGACAGGCUUUCCUCCAGGGGCUCGUCCUCAUGCGGUGGGGCUGGCUGGAGCAGCUGAUGGAUUUGGGUCAGCGUUUAGCCUGCGGACGGUUGCUGCCAGCGAGAGCGAGCAGCCAGCGCGGCCAGGCCGCUUCCCCCGCUGACAAGCGCCGUGGCCUGCGGGCGGCCUGAGGCGUGCGCGUCCCUGCCGCAGCGGUGCCGCAGCUCAGCCGGGGCGCUAGGCCGUGGCACCUCGGCGGCGGGGCAUCCCCUGGCUGGCUUUCCUUUAGGCCGCGAUAGGUGGGUUGGAGCCAUCCCCCGGUUCUGUCGCCGCGGUGCCGGGCCGGCGGGCCUCGGAGCAGCAGCAGCGCCGGUAACGCUGCGGCGAGGCAAGGGAGCACCGUUCCUCUUAAUUUUUGGAAGUAGUUAGAGCCGGCUCUAACUAGUCAGUCAGCUCUGCCCACUUAGAGGCAUGUGGCGGCUGCCUCCGCCCGGGCGUAUGGAGCGAUCCCGAGCGGAGCGGAGCCAGGAGCAGGUGGCCGGGGGCUUGCGGUGCCGUCUGGGCCCGGGGAGGGGGCCCGGCCGCCCGGGGCCUGGUGCCUGCCAGCCUCCCCGGGCGUCUGGCGUGUGUGGUAGGGAAACGGGGUACGUUGGAGGUAGCGUAAUUGCCUUUUCAGACAGACUCAGGCAUUUACAAGUGUUACUGCUAGCUGGGCAUUAUUUUUCUACAGUUAAUGAUAAUUUGUGGGAAAAUGAAGGGUUUUUUUUUUCGUGGGAACUGCAGUUAUUUACACACAUGCACUGCACUGAGCAGGGAGUUAUGGCCAAAAAAAGUUAAAGCAGAGGGAAAUGGUCUGAAAAAGUUUCAUUUCAAACUUUUCAUUAUUUUUUCAUUAUAAAGUGACCUAAAUAAAAGGUUAACAAAAAAAAAUGAGUUCAGUAAUUUCUGAAA